AAAAAAAAAAGAAAAAAAAAAAAAAAAAAACAAUCGGGUACAAGUGUGCACUGUGACCUCGGCGAUUCGCUCUACAUGUACUUACGUUGACAACGGCCUAUAACUUACUCAUCGAGCGGUGCCCCACAGUGCUACUCUCCUUCCACUGCACUUUUUCUGUACGUCUUCUACAAGUAAUCGUUUAUUUUAUCAAUCACAUCUUGGACUCUCUUGCUUUUUUCAUUCCCGUUAUAAUCGCCGUUCACGUCCAAAAUACAACCGUCCUCCUCUCGAUGCCUACUUUGUUCUCGCAUUAUUGUAAUAGUAAAAAAUGCCUGAAAGUGGAGCAGUUUACCAACCAACUACAGUUGGUUAUUCAUAUGACACAAGAGAUGGGAGCGGCUUUGGCAUUAGAAACAAUUUUUCCAGAAUAAUAUCGAGGCAUAAAUUCAGCACGAGAAAUUGGCUUGAAUGGGUAUUAUUUUCUGUGGCAAUAACGGCAUUUGUGGCUGGUCUUACGGCAAUACUGGUAAACUUAGUUUCAUCGAGCAAUGAAUCCACUCCACCAAAGAUUGACGGUACAGCAUCAAAGGAUCCAUCAGCAGAAAUUAAAGAACACUCGACACCCGAGGGGGCAAGGGUAUCAAUAGCAGUAGGUACCGCAAUAAUGAUAAUUGGCCUUUUGGCAGGACUCGCUUUGGCAUGGCUAAGAUUUUUCCGACGAGGAAAAUCACCUAGAGGUGGAAUGACCGGCAACAGCGGUCAGAUGUUGGGCGGUUUGAAUCCAUCAACUGACUUGCUGGUGGGUUCCACUUCGCAGUACGGGCCAGUACUAACCGAAUUGCCGAGCCAGUUGAAAUCAAAGCAGGCGAGCAGCCUCGAGGUGUCCACGGCCAUCCCCAUGUCGGACCACGAGGAGGAAACGCACAACCUUAUGCAGGACACAACUGGCCCGAGUACCAUCACCAGUCAGAUACCUGGCUGAGGAAGACGCGCGAGAACAUUCGAACCUCUUGCCACCAACGGGCGCCACGACGUCAAUUUCUUUUUCCGUUUCAUUGCUCCACUGACUUGUGUAAGAUGAUAGCUAAGAGCCAAGGAUGGGUUUAUCAUUCUUUAGCAAUAGUUUUUAAUUUGCCCUCGAUCAAUACUCUGCACUGGACCGUUGUCAUUUUAUUCGAAUGAUCGAACGCUUGGAUGAAAAUAUGAUUUUUAAAAGAUUCAAUUACAAUUUUAGUAAUUUGCACUCGAUCGCGUCAUUUAGGAUUAUACGUAUAUAUGCUUUACAAAAAUCUACAAAAGUUUUUGAUAAAUUAAUGUCAUUAUAAAUGAUU